CCAAAACGCCCACCCCACGUCAACACGUCCGCACCGCGCCCCACGACCCGUCAUCACGCGUCAAUUAACUUGCUGGACCACAAUUAAACCCGCUCGAAGCUUUGCGCAUUGCGACUCGAGCGCGCGAUGAACAUCCCCAACUCGUCGACAGCACCCGCUGCGGGCGAGUACGCCGGAGACGAGGUCUCUGCGAUCGUGCUCGACCCCGGCUACUCGUCGACACGCGCGGGUUUCGCAGGCGAGGACGUGCCCAAAUCCGUCUGCCCUUCCUUCUACGGCCAGCUCGACUCGGACAGCGGCUCGCAGUACCUGUUUGGCGAGAACGCCAUCCACGCGCCGACCGACGGGCUGCAGAUCAAGAACUACUGGGGCGCCGACGGCAUCGUCGAGGACUGGGACACGGCCGCCAAGCUGUGGGAGUACACCAUCACGAGCAGACUGACGGGCGCGCGGCCCGGCGACCCAGCUAGGAACGGGCUCAACGACGACCCCAGCGCAGAGCCCAUGGAUAUGGAUGUGGAUAAGGUGGUGGAGGGCCAGGAGCGCCCGCUGGACGACAGCCCGCUGCUCGUCACAGAGCCGGGCUGGAACAGCGCAAAGGCGCGCGAAAAGUACAUUGAGAUCGCCAUGGAGGACUGGGGCACGCCAGCCUUCUUCCUGCAGAAGACGGGCGUGCUCGCCGCCUUCGCCUCAGGAAAAGCAUCAGGAAUUAUCAUCGACGUCGGCGCCUCGCACACAUCCGUCACCCCCGUCGUCGACGGCAUGGUGCUCCGCAAAGGGGUCCAGAAAUCCCCUCUCGCGGGAAACUUCGUCUCCUCGCAAAUCCGCACCCUCUUCUCGCAAUCCAACCCCCAAAUCCCCCUCACGCCCCACUACCUCGUCGCCGCGAAAUCACAAGUCGACGCAAACGCCCCCGCUACCGCGUCUUACAAGUCCUUCCCGGUUGCCCCUACCCCCUCCUUCCGCCUCAACGAAGAAGACCGCAUCCUCACCGAGUUCAAAGAAUCCGUCGUAGAAGUCUGGCCAGGCCCCGGCCGCUUCAGCACAGGGAACAACGAGGACCUCGCCAAGAGCGCGCCAGGCCGCCCCUUCGAAAUGCCAGAUGGGUGGAACACCGUCUUCACGUCGCCGCGCUUCCGGCUCGCCGAAGGCCUGUUCGACGCCUCCGCCGCCCUGACAUCCGACACCGUCCCCCGCCCCAAAGACGAGCACACGAUCCCGCGCCUCGUGCAGGCGGCCGUCCAGCAAGUCGACGCCGAUAUGCGGCCGUUGCUGCUGUCUAACAUCGUGGUUACGGGUGGGAGCACGCUGCUGUAUAAGUUCAAUGAAAGGCUGAAUUGGGAGAUGAAUUCUAUUUUCCCCAGUACGAGGAAUAAGCUUAUUGCGCCCGGGAGCGUGGUGGAGAGGAAGUAUGCGGCGUGGAUUGGGGGGAGUAUUUUGGCGAGCUUGGGGAGCUUUCAUCAGUUGUGGAUUAGUCGGAAGGAGUAUGAGGAGCAUGGGGCGGGGAUUGUGGAGAAGAGGUGUCGAUGA